AAAAUGGUUCAAUUAUCUUUGGACAUUUCUAAAUCCAUUGCUGCAAUCUUGUUCCUUCUUUUGCUUUCCAACAUUCCCGCUGAAGUACAAGGAUAUCCUUUUCUCAAGCAUAAAUCAACACAUCAUGACUUCUCAGUUUCACAGAUUAGAGAAGCAACUACGACUAGUCCAUACGAUUCCAUAUUGAAAUUUGUAAAUUCUUCAAACUUUCCAAAUCGGGCAUCAUUUCCAAAUGGGUUUUUGUUUGGCGCCGGAUCUUCUGCCCUUCAGAUCGAAGGAGGAUGUCAUGAAGGAGGAAGAGGACUUGGUAUAUGGGAUGACAUAGUUUUUAACCAAAAUAAAGGUGGAUAUGGAGAUUCUGAUAAAUUCGCAACAAAGAUUGAACAUUACAAGCGAUAUAAGGAGGAUGUGCAACAUUUGAAGAGGCUUGGAGUGAAUUCUUACAGAAUGUCAAUAUCUUGGAAUAGAAUAAUGCCAGAUGGAACUUUGAAAGGAGGUAUAAAUCAAGAAGGCAUCAACUUUUACAACAAUUUAAUCAAUGAGUUAUUAAGAAAUGGUAUUGAACCAUUUGUGGGUAUUAUGCACUUUGACUAUCCAUUGGAUCUUAAACAGAAGUUUGGUGGCUUCUUAAAUCGCUCCAUCGUGAAAUAUUACAAGGAGUAUAGUGAAUUUUUAUUCAAAACCUAUGGAGAUAGAGUAAAACAUUGGACUACAUUCAAUGAGGCAGAAGUUGUAGCUAUAUAUCAAUUCAUGUUCAACAUUGAUCAUAUAUCUACUGAUCAGUCAUGCCAAAAUACUAAAAUAUGUACACAAUCAUAUAUUAUACUUCAUAACUUCCUCUUAGCCCAUGCUACAACAUCAAAGUUAUACAGAACAAAAUUCCAAGCGAUACAAGGGGGGGAAAUAGGACUUGCUCUUUCAGCAGGAAGAUAUGUUCCAUAUAGUUCAAAAUCAGAGGAUGUGAUUGCUACUCAAAGACUAAUGGAUUUCUAUUGGGGAUGGGUUUUAGAUCCAUUAUUCCAUGGGGAUUAUCCAAAAAUAAUGAAAAAGCUAGUAGGGAAUAGACUACCCAAAUUCACUAAAAAGGAGAAACAUAUGUUAAAAGGAAGCGCAGAUUUUGUUGGGAUCAAUUAUUAUACUUCACAUUUUGCUAGACAUGAACCAAACAGAACCAAGAUAAUGUAUGACAAUUAUGAUGCAUUAGCUGUUUCAGAAACUAUUAACGCAGAAGGAAAUUCCCUUGGUUAUAAGGAUCAAUAUGGUUGGAUCGAUGUUUACCCCGAAGGAUUAUAUAAUAUGCUAGUCUACAUUAAGAAAAAGUACAAAAAUCCCAAAAUUUACAUCACUGAAAAUGGUACUCCUUCUUCAAAACUCCCAAAUCCAUUGAGGGACGAACACCGAAUAGCUUAUGUUGCCGCACAUAUAAAUGCUACCAAAUUAGCAAUUGAUGAUGGCGUGAACGUACGUGGUUACUUUGUGUGGUCAGCAUUUGAUACAUUUGAAUUUCAAGGGGGAUAUUCAGGAAAUUGGGGGCUUUAUCAUGUUGACUUUAAUGACAGUCUCAAGCGUAUACCUACUGAUACAGCUAAAUGGUAUAGCAAAUAUUUGACACACAAUUUGAUUGAGAAAAACUAACCAAAGAAAGCUUAUCAACAAAAUGGAGAAAAGGGAAGGACAUCUCAAAUGAAAGUUGAUUGUUAACAAUAUAAUUUUAUUUCAUUAAUUUUCGUUUCG